AGGAGAGGUGCGUUUGCUGAAGACUAUUGCUUCGCAAAUGUCCGUAACAGCUUCAGCCAGGCGGUGAGAGAAGUGCUGGAAAAGGCCAGUGAAUGGACCUGUCGAAGCGACGCCAUGCACAACUACAGACGUCUGCGUCAACGCAACCUCAAGUUGGAAAAUCAGGCUGUUGGCAUCUUGGACGAUCAGGACUCGCACAAGAUCGUGAUGGACGUGUUUGACUUCAUGAAGGGCGACGUGACAGUGCAGUUGGUGAAGGGCAAGGAGCUGCUGGUGGAGGGUCAAGCAGAGAGGCAGGACGGAGGCAGAGUGUCCCGAGUGAGCUUCGUGCGUCGCUUCGCCUUGCCUGAGCUCGUCGAGCGAGACGCCAUCAGCUGCGUGUUGUCCUCGGACGGAAUCCUGACGAUCACCUGCAGGAAGAGAGCAAGCGGCUACAGCGCAAGGGGAUUUUGCAGCGAGAGGAAGCCCCACGUGGACACAGCUGGCGGGUGGAGGACAAGGAUGCGAAGGACUCCCUCGCGGAUUGGGAAGGAGCCAGUUCUCGGGCCUUCAGCAGCUCCGCGCCCCAAAGUUAUUAGAGUGAAAGAAGAUCGACUGACACAGGGAAGUGAAUUGACCAAGUUCAGCAAAGGAGAAUCUGCAGAGAACAGAUCAUUUCUCGUGUUGGCCACACUGCGUCUUUAA